CCUUGCGAUUGUGUGCCGGCGUGCACUCCCCUUAGAGACAGUGGCUGGGGGGCUCCUUUCUUUCUCGCCCGCAUCUCCCCUCCCGAUGUCACCGAUCCAUUCACUGCCCAGGGAAUUGAUUAACGUUCGUUGGGAGCCUUGGGAGACGGGGAAAGAGGGGGAGAGUGAAGGGCGAGAGGAAGGGUUUGCAAGGCGGUGAUGCCGAUCCCCCACGACACGGCGAGCCGGGGCACAGUGGGGCGCGGGAUGGGUAUUUUAUAGCUGGGGACCGCGGUGACGUAUGGCUGAGCACUGGCUGGCACGGCUCCUCGUGGACCAGUCAGCGGAGCGAAAUUGAAGCUGACAAGACUUUUUCUGGCAUUUUGGAAAGGACUGUAAUCUACUGUAGGGGAGAACAGAGCCGCUCAAUCACCGCCGCCGUAAAUAGGAGACGGAAGGGAGUGAGAAAGGAGGCGAAGAGAAAAAGUGCUUACUGGGGGGGGAGGGGGGGGCAGCAUUUUUGGUGGAUGGUAUGAAGCCAGCCAUGGAAACUGCAGCGGAGGAAAAUGCAGAACAAAGCCAAGAGAAAAAAGGUUGCUUUGAAUGUUGCAUUAAGUGCCUAGGAGGAGUGCCAUAUGCUUCGCUCGUGGCAACCAUUCUCUGCUUUUCGGGGGUAGCGUUGUUUUGUGGCUGUGGCCACGUGGCGCUCACGGGAACCGUGUCUAUCCUCGAGCAGCACUUCUCCACGACUGCCAGUGACCAUGCUUUGCUGAGUGAAGUAAUACAGCUAAUGCAGUAUGUAAUUUAUGGCAUUGCAUCAUUUUUCUUCUUAUAUGGGAUAAUCCUUUUGGCAGAAGGUUUUUAUACAACAAGUGCUGUGAAGGAGCUGCAUGGAGAGUUCAAAACAACAGCCUGUGGCCGCUGCAUCAGUGGAAUGUUUGUUUUCCUCACCUAUGUGCUUGGAGUGGCCUGGCUUGGGGUCUUUGGCUUCUCUGCUGUGCCUGUCUUUAUGUUCUAUAACAUAUGGUCAACUUGCGAAGUCAUCAAAUCUCUUCAGACAAAUGUGACGGUUCCAGGGGACCAGAUCUGCGUGGAUAUCAGGCAAUACGGUAUUAUCCCUUGGAAUGCUGUACCUGGCAAAGCCUGUGGCCCGAUUCUAGAGAACAUCUGCAACAUGAAUGAGUUCUACAUGUCUUAUCACCUGUUCAUUGUGGCUUGUGCUGGAGCUGGUGCCACUGUCAUAGCCCUGCUGAUCUACAUGAUGGCUACUACAUAUAACUAUGCUGUUUUGAAGUUUAAGAGUCGGGAAGAUUGCUGCACUAAAUUCUAAAUUGUAUAAGCCCAGUAAAGAGCUGCAUUGCGUAGCUUGAAAUACCACUGACACUCUAGGCUAAAAGUCUAGCUUUCUGAAUUGUGUUACAGUAAUUGUAAAUAGCUCCAGUAAGCAUCGGCUAGCUUAUCAGAUUAAUAAAAUGACUUCUUGUAUAUGAAACUAUGAUGUGGAUGAGAUCUGGCUAUGUUUUCGUGUCGAGAGGAUUCAGUUACUGUAGGGGUGUUUACAAAGCAUCCUUUUGGAGAUGGGACAUUUCCAUUUCAAGUCUCCACUUGUUUUUCUAACAGUCAUCUCUAAAACAAAUACUGGAACAGUCCAGGGUCAGAGCUAUUAAUUUAUUCUUCAUCCUGAACACCCAAUAUAACUUCCCUGAGCAUACAAAAUAUAUAUGGUACAAAACAAAAAGAACAGUAAAGUAUCGCCAGUCUCUUUUGGCAGAAAUCAGAAGCCCAGGUAUUUUGAAUUAGUUGGCUUGUCUUUCCAGUGCACGGAUGAUAAAGUUGAUUAUUUUCUUUUACUUUAUUUUCAAGUAAUUGCCAAACCAUGCUCUCUCUGGAAGGAAAUACAUCCUUGUAUUAGCUCUGCGUAAAACAAUCACAUUCUUUCAUUUGGACCCUGAACUAGUAAGAAACAGCAUAUAAAUAGCUUCUGUUCUUGUAUGGCUUGCACUUUAGUAACUGAUUUCUCAGUAGCCAGAUCUCAAAACUGUAAGUAUGACUGCACAGGAAGCAAAACCAUGCAUAGAUCAUAGAGACCUUUUUACACUGUUGGGAUUUAAAAAAAAAAAGUGAAUCAGUGUUUUCAGAUGUAGAUUUUUGCAUGAAGUAUGGUCAGAAGAAGUUGGGAAGAGAUGAAUGCACAAACUAGAAAAAAUCCACAUAAUAAUAGUAAUAAUAAAGAACCAGUUGCUAUAUAUUAUAUAAAACUCUUCAUCUGGGUUUGGGCAAUGGAAGUUUAAAAUGUAGUUAUCUUAAUAUACAAUUAAGACUUCUUAACCCAGAGAUUGCAUGCUUUUGCUUAGUUUUGGACUCAUGUUUUGUUGUUUAAUUUUUCAAUAUGUUAAUGUAGCCUUGUUCGCGUAAAUAAAACUGCUUACAGUUUCAGGCUUUUUCCAGGGGGAGGGUGGAAUUCUCAUCGGCUUGUUGGGGGAAAAGACUGAGCAGGAUCUGGGCUUGGAUGUGCAUAAACACCACCACCUUAGAAAGCAGUUCUUCUGAGCACCUCGUAGUUUGCAGAUUACAUACAUCGCCACCUACAAAACUCUUUUGCUGCUACUCUCCAUCUGCAUUUUAAUUGAUCCGUACAACUCUGUAGCUCAUUUUAUUACUGUUACACUAACUUUCUCUAAAUUGUGAAUAACCAACUGAAAUAUUAGCAUGCCCAGUUCUUAGAGAUCUUUGAAAAUAGCCUCCGUGCUUGUUUUAAUAACAGAAUGCUUAUUAACGUAGAAUAACUAUUUUUUUGGUCGUUAUUUUAAAGAGCGUCUAUUAAUCUAACUAGCAGCUUGCUUUGCCUCUUGACAUGCUCACUAGCCAUCAUGCUCACCCUUCUCUUCCAGAUCCACUUCCUCAUGAUACUGUCUUCUAACUGGGCCUACUUAAAGGAUGCAAGCAAAAUGCAGGCCUACCAAGAUAUCAAAGCAAAAGAAGAGCAGGAGCUGCAGGAUAUCCAGUCUCGGUCAAAAGAGCAACUCAAUUCUUACACAUAAAUGUUUGCCACAGUAAUUCAGCAGAAGAAUUCUGUAGCUCUGACAAAUCAACAGAUAGCUGCUCUGCAGUACAGAUGUGUGUCUACCAAACAAAAUUAGAGACAAGUUGCAAAAGCUUCACAUUCCAGCUCCUGGAACACAUUCGUAGGGAAACCUUCCCAUGGGUCAUCUUCCAUCCUUUCAUAUAGAGAACGGAGGUUUUAUUCCAGGCAUUUUAAAAGGCAACACUUCACAAUACGAGUGACCAAAUUCUUCUUCUUCGAGCCUUUUUGGUAUCUAGGAUUUGGCGUAUUCUACAGCAUGGUGUCCUGCACAACACGGAGGCAGGUGCUGCAAACCAGCAGGCAGCAGAUCUCUGUGCAGCCCUUAGGCACAUUAGCAUCUCAGUUUAUAGACACCCAAUGGAACUGCGGCCGGCCGAGGUUUCUGGCAGCUCGUGAUCGCAUCCCAGUGCAGUUACAGAAUCACAGAAUCGUAGUUGCGGUUUUCGGAGUGGCCACAGGGUUGUCUCUGCCCACCCGUUGCAGCAGCGCUCUGCUGUCGUGCCACACUUUUGUACGACGCUCCUGUGCUUAUGUGAGCGUUGAGCAGGUGUCCCAAGUUUUAAUCUUUUUUCUUAACUCUAUAAUGGAAUGUAGAUCCCUGGAUCUGGAUAAUGAUCCCCUUCUUUGAAAAUAAAUGUCAGCUUUGCCUUAAUAUUUAUUUUCUAUAAAUGUCUUAGCAUUUAUAUAGUGGCAGGAGACCAUUAUCCGACAUUUUCAGCAAGUGGAAAGUGUUACCUUAUUAAAAUGACGCUGAUCUGACUAUUCCAAAUGAGCGGAUGAGAAAAGUUUGCAGAGUUUUACACAAACAAUAAAAAUUACAGCCAUAAAGCAGAAUACAGGAUGUCCACCUUUCUCUAUCUUGGUGCUUAGCAAAUUUAUAGUCAGUGCUUAUGUGUUUUCCUUUUUACAAAUUAAUUAGCACAUUACGAAAACGUGGUGUUCAGAAAACAAAACAAAACAAACUGGUGCCAUUUUAAAGUCAUUUCCCAUAGAAGUCUGCCUUCUAAUCAAUGUUUUUUUUCAGAAGCAUUCAGUGAUAUCUUGAGUAUUAGUGAUGGUAUCUUUGGUGUUUGUUCUAUAUGAUAUAUAUAUAUAUAUAUAUAUAUAUAAAUGUUGGGGGAAAAAAGUAAAAUACAUCAGUCAUUUGAAAAAAAUUAAAUAUUCAAGUCAUACCUAUGUUAAGCUGACGUGUGGUUUGAUAGUUUUGACUGUUUGCUGAAUAUAAAAAAGGAAGCACAAAUUUCUUCAAGUCAGUAUUAAGAGAAAAGGCGUUUUGGGGGGUAUAACUGCAAAUGUAAUUUUUUUUUGUUAAAUAUUGAAAAGUCUCAUUUGACAGUUUCAAAAAAGGGGCAAAGUUGAUCAAUGUAGAGCAAAUAUGACAAAAUAGCCUAGUGUAUGUUCUUACCUGUUGCAUGAAGGAGGCAUUUCUACAGCAAUGCAGGUGAUGUUCUAGCCCAGUGUUUGCAUAAGGGUAAUAUGGAGGCAGUGUCUUAAAGCCGAAUUCUUUUCUAAUUCAGUGUAGCUGUUACUGGGAGUUUUUGAAGUUUUGUUUAAGUAGUCUAAUAUUUUUAUGUAAAGAGCAUUAAAUUUUGCUAUGUAUAAAUUUUUGUAACCUAACAGUGAAUCAAUAUUUUCUAUCAGUGCCAAGGGCUUCCUGUAGUUACAUCCAAGUGUUAAAAUAAAUAUUUGUAGAUAAUAGA